AUGAUCGCAUCCGCUGCCGCAGACGCCGGCAUGCACGAAGAUGCUCCGAGCGCCAUCAUCUCGCUCUCCUGGGCCUUUCUAGUCAUUCCAUGCAUCUUCCUCGUCGCCGCUUUCGCAUGGAUCAUGUUCAACUUCAGCGAAUCGUCCGAGUUCCCAGAAUCAAAUGCUUUCGGUCGCACCGAGCACGAUGCAGAUGGAGGUGACAGUGACGACGAAAAGCAACAGCUGCUCGACGCCUUCCGAGAAUCACAGUCACACUCCACAAGUCACGCCGAUUCGCACACAGCGUCUGGCUCCUCUUGGAAGAUCAACGGCAAGUUCAGCACGACGUCCAGAGGAGGCUCAGCCUACUCGUCUUAUCCGGAUCCACACGGUACCUACUCGCCCAACUCGUCUCCACGAGCGAAAAGAUCGAGCCUGGCGCCUGAUAGCAAGGCCAACAAAACCGCAGGGAGUAGAGCCGCAAAAGUCAUCGCACUGAACCGCGACCGGAUGAUGCAGGACCUCGAGCUCGAUCCUGUCGACAGAGAAGAGCUCCAACGUUCUUCCUCCCGCGCCAGCGACAUUCGCAAGUCCGACUAG